AUGUCGACGCGGGAGCUCGAGCGGGGGCACGCGGCGCAGCAGCUCGAGCGGGGGCGCGUGGCGAGGAAGGGGCGACUCGGGGGCUCGAGCGGGGGCGCGCGGCACCCCUCUACCACCCUCUCCCACUUCUCCUACCUCACCCGGGGCACGCACGGCGUGCACUACCCUCCCUUUCCCCGUUACCACGUGGUAUAUCCCAAAUUAUACAAUGAUACAAAGCUUCAUUUCUUCGCAGCUUGGAAUGUAGGCAAUGAUGAGUCGAUCGGUUGCUAUAAUCUCCGUUGUAAAGGCUUUGUACUGGUCAAUGCGCAUGAUUUUCAAACAGGAGACUGGUCUCUUUAUAGAGAAGAUUUAGGAAAUGCUCAAAUAAUAGGUUAUUGGCCGAAAUCUCUUUUUACAAAUUUAGAUAAGAGUGCAAGUAUUAUUGCAUGGGGUGGACAUGUUACCUACAAAAAGAAGGAAAGAGGCCCUCCAAUGGGAAGCGGGCAUUAUGCUAAUGAAUUGGAAGGAAAAGCAGCAUUUAUGAAAAAUCUUGAGAUUUUCGAUGAAAAAGGUGAAUCCCAUCAGCUUACAGAUGAUGGACAAUUUGCUAGAAUUGAUAAGGGAAAAUGUUACACAGUUACAGAAUUAGUUGAUUCAGGAAAGUACGGACUAAAAGAUGGGGUUUUAUUUUAUUUUGGUGGUCCUGGUGGUUGUUAUUAA